UCAGACACCCAGAUAUAUGAUGAUCUCUUAAAAAUGAUCGCGAACUGUUUGUAAAAUCGGUCUGACAGAAUCAUGCCGGACAAACGACCCUAAGCGGUAUGGCUCACUUAAACGAGCCGAGUUUUAGUGUGUGAAGCAUGUUGACGUCUCGUGCUAGUUGACACAUUUAUUGGGAUUCGACAGCAGAUCAGUGCAAGCGGACAGACAAAGGGAAAGGCUUUCGAUAGCUAGAAUGCUUUGGGCCUAAAAUAAGUCAAGAGAGUGGUAUGGUCCGCAUACCACUCAACUCUCAGGAAAUACAGCAGAGACGAUUGAAGUGCGAAAUGGUUGAUUGGCGAUCAAGAACAUUGACCUCAAAGUGGACGGUACUAAACGAGAAGGAGCCAUAGCUGGAAAACCCAUCGAGUCGUGUGGAAGUUUCUCUCAAUUCUCCUCCAAUGGUUCAUUGGUUGAGGCCAUGGCCUCUCAGUCAGGCAAUAUGAACCGUGAAGACCGGAAUGUGCUCCGUAUGAAAGAAAGGGAAAGGAGAAAUCAAGAAAUCCAGCAGGGAGGAGAGGCCUAUCCAGCUAACUCCCCACUCUUUCCUGAACCUUAUAAAGUUCAGUCCAAGCAAGAUCAACUCUCCAGUCUCAUCAAAAGCAUGCUUGGCAAUUACGACGAAAUGAAAGAGACCAUUGGCGAACCUCCAAUGUCCAAACUCAUUCCUAAAGCCUCCAGCACCCCCUCAGAGGAGAAAUCCGGUCAGUACAGUGACCAGCGUGGAGGAGGCACCCAGAGCCAGAACAACAAAUGGACUCCUGUCGGCCCGGCACCCGGUGCCUCCUCUUCCUCCUCCACCACCUCCUCUUCACAGAAACGCUCGUCCAUGCAGGGUGGCCACAGCGGCAGCCAACGUAACGGUAGUAGUAGCGCCGGCCAGCGGCACGAGCGAGAAUACAGCAGUAGUAGCAAAAAGUCAAGCAAGCACAGCUCCGAGCACAAGUCUCAUUCCGCCUCCAGUCCAGCCAAGGGCUCUAUGAGCUCUGGAAACCACUCGCGGACGCUAACUUCCGACCACGGCAAGGAACGCUACCGCUCCAAGUCACCCAGGGACCGAGAGGCAAACUGGGACUCACCCUCCAGGGUGCAUUCUUUUUCCAGUGGGCAACAUCAAAGCCAGGCCUUCCCGCCCUCACUCAUUAAGCCCAGCUCCAUGCUCCAAAAGCCCACAGCAUACGUGCGGCCUAUGGACGGCCAGGAGACUGCAGAGCCCAAGACCUCCUCAGAAUCGUAUAGCGGCCAGUCGCAAAGCAGCGCAGUGGGAGAGAUGAAACCCAACGGCAAGGCUUCACUCACCAAGCUCAAAAUUCCAACGCAGCCCCUCGAUGGUUCAAUGGGCGGAGAUGCAAGCUGUGUUGAUGAGAUUUUAAAGGAAAUGACUCAGGUUUGGCCUCCUCCACUAACAGGCAUUCACACCCCCUGCAAGACAGAACAUUCAAAGUUUCCAUUUCCCACCAAGGAUGGCAAUCACCUGUCUUUUGGGGCACACAAAAAAAUCUCAGGGAAGACCCCAUCCAGUCACCCGACAAAGCCUGGCGACAGUGACCAGGCCAACACAUUGCAUGAUGAUCUAAAGCUCAGCAGCAGUGAAGACAGUGAUGGAGAACAAGAUCCUGCCAAAAACACACCCAGAAACACUUCAGCAAGUAAUAACAGUAAUAAUAGCGUGGGGGCAGAGCGCGAGGACACCAGCAGUCAUAGUGGCUCGGAGAGCAGUUCCGGUUCUGACAGUGAAAGCGAGAGCAGCUCGACAGACAGCGAAACCAAUGAACCGCCCCGUCCGGUGUCGCCGGAGCGCGAACAACCCACAGCUAACAAAUGGCAGUUGGAUAACUGGAUUCCAAGAAAGAAAGAGGGGCGAGACGCCUCAAACAGGAGCUAUAGUGGCCAGAGCUCCAAAGAUCCGACUCCCACCCCUGGACGAGAUCUUCGGCCCACUCAGAAGGGCUCCGAAAGCUGGCGGGGGCGUCAGAAGUCUCCCGCCCAAAGCGAGGGCGGAAGUCAGAGCGGGCGAAGGGUGGUGGGCACGAAGCAGCCCAGGAAGCCAGAGAAGCCCCCAGUCGUUGAAGAGCCAAAGGGUGGGCUGAAAGUGGAAACCGAACCCUCGCCCGAGAUCUUAUCGCACAGGGCCCGCGCAGCCAACAAGGGCCCCCGUAAGCCCAACAUUAAGAAGGAGCCCAAAACCUCGUCCCCUCGGCCCAUGCAGGACAAACGCAAAAAACCACCCAGCAAGUCCCGCGAGUUCGUGGAAUCCGAUUCAUCGUCCUCUGACUCAGAAGGCAAUGAGAGUGUCCCAUCUUCUUCGCAAACGCCAAGAGAGCAAUAUGCAGAGAAUCCAUCUGUGCUCUUCUCGCCCAUGGUCUCUCCACUGAGUGACUCCGAUGAGAAGCUUCCACCUAAACUGCUGGUGCAGAUCGACCUCAGUCUGCUCUCUAGAGUGCCCAGGCGACUGUACAAGGAAGCAGAGGUGAAGGUGGAGAGGGAUUCUCCAGCAGAUGGGAAGGACUUCCAGAAGCUGCCUGUUGAAAAGGGAGCCACCAGGGGCAAGAAGAAACGGCAGAAUGAUGAAGUUGGUGUCAAGCUAGAGAGUAAGAAAUCCAAACAAGACGAGAAGUCAUCACACAAAUCAAGCAGUAAAGACUCGUCCAAGCGUGCUCAGGAGAAGGAGAACGAGAAGGAGUUGGCACCCUCUCCCUCCAUCACGUUGCAGCAGACAUCCAAGUCAGAGCACCAGAGUCGCAAGCGGACGCUCAGCCAGUCCUCCACAUCUUUGCCCAGCAGUGGCAGCAGCAAAGACAGCAGCAAGAGCAACACCAAAAGCCGUAAAGGCGAUGACAAACCCACUCGCAGAGAUGCCAAGGAAAAAAGCUCUAAAAUGGAGAAUUCUCUGGCAGUGGCGCCCUUUUCUGAAGGCUCAAAGUCCAGAUCCAAACUCUUGUUUGAGGACAGGGUUCAUUCAGCUGAUCAUUACCUUCAAGAGGCGAAGAAAUUGAAACACAAUGCAGAUGCUCUGAUGGACAGGUUUGAGAAGGCCGUCUAUUACCUGGAUGCUGUGGUGUCUUUUAUUGAAUGUGGAAAUGCUUUGGAGAAAAGUGCCCAGGAGGCCAAAUCACCCUUCCCCAUGUAUGCAGAAACUGUGGAGCUCAUUAAGUACACUAUGAAGUUAAAGAGCUACAUGGCCCCAGACGUUACUUCUGCUGACAAAAGACUAGCAGUGUUGUGCCUGAGGUGCCAGGCUCUGCUCUAUCUGAGGUUGUUUAAACUACGGAAAGAAAGUGCACUGAAAUACUCAAAGACACUCACUGAACAAUUGAAGAAUUCGUUGAGUAAUACACAAGCUGCGUCUCCUGGAGUAGCAAAUAAAACGGCCGGAAUGCCGUCUCCGGUCUCUCCUAAGCUUUCUCCGGGCAGCGCGGGCAGCUACUCCUCCAGCAGCUCCAGUCAGAGCGCCAGCUCCUCCGUCACUAUCCCUCAGCGCAUCCACCAGAUGGCAGCCAGCUACGUGCAGGUCACCUCCAACUUCCUCUUCGCAACUGAAGUGUGGGAUCAGGCCGAGCAGCUUGCCAAAGAGCAGAGAGAGUUCUUCGCUGAACUGGAUAAGGUGAUGGGCCCACUCAUCUUCAACACCAGCAGUAUGACUGAACUGGUGCGGUUCACGCGGCAGGGCCUGCACUGGCUACGACUGGACGCCAAGCUCAUACAAUAGAGUGGUCUCAAGAGCACCCCCCUGUGGCCACGCUCUUUAUCCGUAGCCCUCUCUACGCCUACUCGAAACACUCACACACUUUAUCUGCCUCAGACAUUCUCUGUGACACUGUGUCUCAUUUGUACACCAGCUUGCCAAAAAAUGGAAACACUUCGUGUCCCACUCUGCCAUGACAAGCCCUGUGAAUAUUCAUCAGAGGGGAGGCGGCUAACCCAUAUACACUGCGUUGUCCUGUUCAUAUCACAGGCUUGUUUCAAACAAAAAGCCAUCUUCCUUGUUUCAUACAUUAUUUGUAGUUUUAUUUUGUUUUAAUUUCCCCUGUUUUUGAUUUCUUGUUUGUUUUCAAGCUGUAAGCAAACACAAAUAAUAAUUUGGACAUUUAUAGCUUCUUUUUUUCCAACCAAAGUACCUCCCUUUAACCAAAGGUGCUUUACAGUUUAAAGGUUUUCUCCUUAUACAUUUUCUUGUGCCUUGUAUUUGAUAUACAGGAAACUAGGACAUACAGUAUCUUCAAAUACACAUUGAGAAAGGUUUGAUAUGGGACUGGAGUCGAGUUGUUUGACAGGAACAUGUGGCCCAGGGUGAGGGGGUGGAUUACUGACGGGUUUUGAAGAGAAAUCAUUUAUCUUAAAAUAAAUGUUGACGGGUGUCAAGGCAACCACACAUGGUUUGGCAAGCCCUUUCAACAUUUCAUUACGUGCAGGAUAUUAAUUAUACAUACAAUUACAUUUUUACUUGUGCUAAAAUGCUAAAAAUGACUUCUGGUGAGAUUACUAGUGAGUGCUCAUUGGAUGCACACUUGGAAAAAAAAGGUUAAUUCUUUAUAAAAAAUGACAUCAUUACUCGUGGAAAUUGUUGGCAUAAAUAAUAAAAUUUGGACUAGGAAUUAUUUUUUUUUACAUCUUUAACUGGAUAUUUUCUAGUAAAAUUUAACAAUACCCGUCAUUCAAUCCAGUUCGAAAUGCUUUUUCAGAUAUCUAUUAUAUUUUUUUACUAGUUCAAAUACCAAUUUCCAAUAUGUACUACUUACUAGUAAAAAUUAUUAUUAUUAUUGUAUCAAUAAUUGCAUUGUUACUUGUGCAAAUGUCCAUUUCUUUUUAUCAGAAAUUCAAUUACAACAAGUAAAAUGCUAUUGAAAAUCAAAUUACAGUUUUAAAAAUUAGAGUUUUGGUUUGUAAUCGACUAGUAAAAUGCUUGUGAAAAUAAAAUUACAGAUCUUAAAAAAAAAAUAGCAUUUUGGUUAUCAAUAAUUGAAUUAAAUCUAGUAAAAUGCUACCAGUAAGAAGUGCUUCGCUGAUAUGUGUGUUUGGAAUUUAAACAAGUUAGAAAUGAAUUAUAGAUAUCUGUAUUUGCAUUGUGAAAAGGAUUGAAUGACAGAUCAUUGUGAAAUUCUACUAGUGAAAAUGCAGUUACAGAUGUGGCAGGGUUUUUCUAGUUGACAUUCAAAUUUUGAUACCAAGAGUGUGUAUUUCUGUGAGUAGUGACGUCAGUUUUAUAUCAAGAAUUUAAGUUUUUACUAGUGCAAAUGUAAUGACUGAUAUCAAAUCUUAGCACUAGUAGUAAUUACAUUGCUGAUAUCAAAAAUAGAACAGUAGAUAUCUAUAAUUCAUAUCCUGCAUGUGAUUGAAAUGUGUGCUGAGUAUUCAAAAGUGGCUUUUGUCUAAAUAGUUCGAUCAAGUCAGUGGUGAACUGAUUUGCCGCACUUAAUUCCGUAUUGUUGCAAAACUGAAGGCUAUAAAUCACCAUAUCGAAGUCAUAGUUUUGUCUCACGGUAACAUCGUAAACAGCCAAUGUGUCAAGGUUACACCCUGUUGGAUUUGUAAACGUCAGUACCACGAACGCCCGGGCCAAGAUUAUUUUACAAAAUGUAGCGCUGUCAGUUUUCUGGUAUUAAACGCUGGGGUAUUCUAGUACUGUGUCGACACGCUCGGCCUAAUAAAGAUUUUAUUUAGAUAAUGGCAAAUUGUUCCAAGUUGCAUUUUCGUUCUCACGAGUUUCAGCAUGGAUACAGGGUUGCAAUAGGAGAUGAGACGUAUUUCUAUUGUAUAUGAAAAUAUCAUAUUUAAAUAUUUAAUGUGAGUCUUGAGGUUGCUUUUAUAGUGUCAGUGUCACGUAUUUUGCAGAUCUGAAGAAAUCGGUCAUGUAAGGAUAUAUAUAUUUAUGAUGCAUUGGAUUGACUAUUGCAGUUAAUAAAUGUACAUAUUACAUUGUGUAGUUUUAGAGCAGACUUACCCGCCAUCCAAACGCAUCGAUCUUUUGCAGUAACACGAGAAGACAAAACGUUCAUCAUAGAAUGACAAAUGGAGUGAAAAGCGAUCACGAUCAAUCCACAAUAUAUGAAAUGCUGGAAAUAUAUCAUCUGUUGCACUAAAAUCUUUCCUCUCAUUGGCUCCCUGUUUUAUCUGUAGGGACAGACUGUUUCCACUGUCUAUGCAGAUGUUUCUAGGACCGUCUUCUUGAGCUUGUUUGUGCAGGACUACUUUUAUCAGCCGAAAUGUAAACUUCUAUCUACAUCUAAUACGUCUUUUUGGCUGGCAUCUAGAUUUAUCCCUGGUGUGCUUGUAACUUCUUCUAUCUUGCAGAAUAAGUCGUUUGAGAUUUGAUGUAGGAGUGAAAUGUUUGUUUAUUGUGCUUUUAUGUAAAUGUGAUUUUAUGUGUCAGCUUCAUGAUAAGAAAGUGACUGCAUAUGAAAUGAAAUUCCCAUGGCCUUUAUGCUUUUUAACACAUGAAUUGUUUGUGAUGUGUCUGGUAUGUUUUCUUUUCUUUUAUUUCUGCUAGACUUCAUGACAUUGCUUUUAGAGGAUUAGAUUGAUUAAAAUCCAUUUUUAAUUAUCUUGAUGAUAUAACUUUAGCCAGGAUGAUAUAACUUUUUUUUUCUUUUGUCCAAUUAAAAAAUAACACUUGCAUGUUUUAUUUAAAUACUAAGCUGUACAAAUGUACAUAAAACUCUCUCUUAGGGUAAAUUUUUACUGCGGUUUAACAUUUGUAUUAAUUGUAUAUAGAAUGUGAAUAUAUUAUAUGCACAUUUACAUUACUAAAAGACCCCUUUUUUAAGUCAUGACACUUUUGACAGAACGCUGUAUGUUAGUAAUGUCAGGCCGGUUGUUUUCCUCUCAAGUGAUUCAUUACUGUACUGAGUUUCUGUGCUGUAUGAAUAAGGCUUGUCUUAUGGUGGUCACUUUUAUUAUGCUGUUGAAAUAGGAUGUAUGCAGUUGACCAUAAGGACGGUCUUCCCUCAACUAAACUUUAUCCGAGAAGCCUCCACUGAGAGCGAGGCAUGUCGUUAUGUUGAGCAGUUCUAGAUGUCUGUAUGUAGUACUCCUUUAGUAAUUAUCUCUAAAAACUAUCAUUGGCAAAGGCAGUAUAGUUCAAAUCAAUUUAAUUUGAAAGUAUUGAGAUGAGAUUGACAAAAGAAAGAAAUCUACGUGUAUAUAUAUAUAUAUAUAUAUAUAUAUAUAUAUAUAUAUAUAUAUAUAUAUAUAUAUACAUCUAUAUCUCGUAUUAUGGAUGCAAUAUGAUUUAAAGGUACUCUUAUGAGCCUUGCUUAUCCAAACCUGUAAUAGCCUGUAAUUUAAACACUUUUUUUGUGAAGUGAGUAUAACUAAUGGAUUUUCUGAGUCUGUUGCAAAUCAUCUUUGUAUUUUGCCAUAUGGAAAAUAAAAUAUAUAUCAUU